AUGUCCGAGUCCGCGGAAAACGAUAGAGACCCUACCGUCUAUGGUCUAUCAGUCACACCACUCACACAAUGCGCACAUUGGCACUCCCCGCUCGACAUCAUUGCUAUUAAGCAUUUCUGCUGCAAGAAAUUCUACGCGUGCAUCAGUUGCCACGAUGCACUCGAGACGCAUACGUCAGAAGUUUGGCCUCAAACGCAACGGGAUGAGAGUGCCGUGCUAUGCGGGCAAUGCAAGCAUGUCCUGACCGUAGAUGAGUACCUAAAGAGCGGUAGCAACUGCACAAGAUGCACGAGUAAAUUCAAUCCAGGCUGCAAGAACCAUUGGGGGCUAUACUUUCAACUUGAUGGGAAUACGACUUGA